UUGAUAUUUUAUCGGAAAGUUGGCAUAUCUUAUCGCGUGCUAUUUCAUAUCAGUUUAUCAUUUAGUGUAUUAUAUUGUACAAACAAAAAAGAUAAACGUGCGCGAAGUGUUCGUGAAUAAUGUGAACGACUUUUAAACCGAAAAGCCAUUCUUAUCGAGAUAAAAAUUCAAGAGAGACUCUCAUCUUGGAAUUUUUAUGUUUUAUUGGAAAAACCUGAAUUUCAUACUGUUCUCCGGCAUACUAAUUCUUCGAAAAGACUUUCAAUUUUUUAGUCACAUUGCUGAAAAUUGCGGCGUUUAUUUUUCGCGACUCACCCCGCGCGCGCGCAUCGAUCACCGCGCGACUGAUAAAAAAACACUCCUGUUAAAACGUCGCCGCGUGUGGCGGUGCUCUUUAGGGAUUCCAAGCUCGUCGAGGUUCGUCCAGUACGUGCCGUUCGUCAAUCGCGGAGUUUCGCCCGCGACGAUCGACCAGUCGUUGCAGCGACCAGUUCCCGCCGGACGGUCGCCCGGAAUCAUUCGCAGUCGCUCCUUCGCGCGAUAUCACGGUCAAGGUGGAGCUUCCGACGGUUCUAAGAUGACGACCACCAACCAGGCUGGUUGUCCACCAACCUGGAGGAUUUUCACGAUACUUCUAUUAGUCUGCGAGUUCGCCGCGGCCGCGAACACCCAGACGUUCGUCGUGAGCAACACCGUAGACAAUCAGAUCGGUAGAGAUUUCUUCGUGGGGCCCUGCCUGGUGAACACCAAUCAGACCUGCCCCGAUGAAGAAGUGACGUUCUUUCUCUACACCAAGCACAAUCCAGAUGAGGGACAGCAAUUACUUGUAAACGACACCGGCUCAAAUCUCGACGAUACCAACUUCGUGGCAGCGAUGCCCACGAAGAUCAUCGUGCACGGUUACAAUUCGGACAUGCAGCUGAGUUACUUGGUGGAUAUUAGAAAAGAAUAUUUGAAGAGGGGUAGCUACAAUCUAAUAGCAGUCGACUGGCGUCGUUUGGCGGGAGCACCGUGUUAUCCCGUGGCCGUCCACAAUGUGCCUCACGUGGGCGACUGUCUGGCACAGCUGGUCGACCGUCUGAGGGACUACGGUGCCGAGGACAUCCACGUGAUUGGCUUCAGUCUGGGCGCCCACGUACCGGCUUUCGCAGCCAACGCGUUACGACCGUACAAGCUACCGAGGAUCACCGGUCUCGAUCCGGCGAUGCCGCUCUUCGUUACUGUCAGCAAGGACGAGAAGCUCGACGCUAGCGACGCCGAAUUCGUCGACGUGUUGCACACAAAUGCCUUCAUUCAGGGUAAAAUCGAACCGAGCGGUCAUAUCGACUUUUACAUGAACGGCGGAGUCAAUCAACCUGGUUGCUGGGAGCAGGGAAAUCCCUUCGGAUGCAACCAUCACAGAGCGGCGGAGUACUUCUCCGAGUCGAUCAACUCGAAAGUCGGUUUCUGGGGCUGGCCCUGUUCUGGUUUCGUAGCUUAUCUCCUGGGUCUCUGCCCGCCUCGAUUCCCCGCGGUACUGAUGGGCGAGGAUGUCAACAGGAAGUAUCGAGGUUUUCAUCUGGUGAAGACGAGGGCGCAUAGCCCGUACGCGGAUGGAAUGUUCACGGUCGAGGAUUUUUACCAGCAGAAUCUUUAUCAGUGAUCCUCUGUGUUAACACCACCUCGCGUGUCGAGAUGAUCUCGAUGGUGCAAAGUAUUUUUUUUUUCGAGAAAAGUAUUGCAAGUUAUUCAACCGUAGUGAAUAGAAUACUCCGAAUAGAAUAUAUUCAAAGAUACAUAUCAGUAUGAGGGAAAAACAUAUAUGUGUACGUUGCGUAAAUUGACGCAUAGUAUUUGCUUAAAACUUUAAGACGGUGUUAUGUAAUCUAUAAGUAGGUUAUUCUUAAAGAUAGUGUGAUAUAAUUUACUACAAAUAGGUAAAAUCUUUGUAAGAUCUUAUCUAAAAAUUUAUUUAGUUGAGGAUAUGAAUAGAAACUAGUUACUGUAUUAUAGUUUAUGAUAAUAUUACUGUAUACCGUAAGUGCAAAAUGUGAAUGAAAAUGGAACUGUAUUUCGACAUAUUUGAAAUAUGACAGAAAAGAAGAGAACACGAUAACUGAAAGAAACAGUGAUAGAAGUAACAAACUUGGAUAUUAAUUGAUAUAUUUUUAUUUAUCGGUUCGAUUGCAUUAGUUGAACAAAAUCAACGAUUAAUAUUGGGCGGAAUCUCGUGAGGCGUUUCAGCUUUGAAACACGUUACGAGCUCACGAAUUUAAUGCCGCGCGAGAAGAUCUGCUAGCAUGUCAAGGUCAGAUAACUGCCUGGACCUGUUAAUCGAUAUCUUGCACAACCAGAGUAGUGGGGCAAACAGGAUCGCGACGUGCUACAAUUUCUUCUCGAUCCAAUACUACAAUGUAUAGCAUUCAAAAAAAAAAAAAAAAAAAAUUUAAUCGUAUCUGUCCAUCUAAAUCAGUCCAUCUAUCUUCUGUUUAUCUAUCUAUCAAGUUAUCCGCCUGUUUCAAUUGUUUCUCUUCUGACGCAUUGACGCGGUGACAAUACACUGUCAAGCUUCAAUAUCGCUAAAUUUGUAGGCUUGCGAAUCUAGCGUUGGAUUUUCCUAAUUAAUCUUGUUUCUCUAUUUAUUAUUCCAUAAGUAUUCUUCAGUAAUGAACAAAUAUACGACUGCUUCUUAUAUUAAAUAUAUGUAUCUAACAUAUCUGAAUAUAUGUGACGUAACUGGUUUAGAAAUCAAAUGUGAGUCAAUUGAGAGUAAUGCAAUAUGUUGCGGAAAAUUUUCUGUGCGAACCUUUUGUGAUUUUAUCUUUCUAUUUAUGUCUUCGUUGUCGAGAGACUAUAUAUCUACUAUCAAAGAAAUGAUAGCUCUUGCUAUACUGAAAGUCCGGAAACCUUAUGAACUGAUCCUGUUAGGUUCUCGAGAAUUGAUCUCGGGAGAAUAAAACUUAUUGCCUUUUGGUAUAUGAAAGACAUUUCCAAAAAAUAUCGCAUAAAUGUAGCUUCGCGAUUAUUUUUAUCUUAACUUAGUUUUCGCAGAAAUA